GAUCCUGGGCGCAGUGGCCAGGGCUGCCAUGACUGGGGCACGUGGGCUGGGCCUGCUACUGGUGUUGCUGCUGCCGGUGGUCAGCGCCUCUAUUCCGAGCACUGUAGUCAGACUCAACAAGGCUGCACUGAGCUACGUGUCUGAAAUCGGGAAAGCCCCUCUCCAGCGGGCUCUUCAGGUCACCGUCCCACAUUUCCUGGACCAGAGUGGAGAGGUGCUUCAGCCCACCAGGAUCCAGAUUCUGAAUGUCCACGUGCUCCACUUCCACCUGAAAUUCAUUGCUGGUUUUGGGAUCCACUUGUCAGCAGCAGCCAAUUUGACUUUCAAGAUCUUUUGUGUUCCAGAGCCCCUGGAGCUGACCCUGCCUGUGGAACUGCUGGCUGACGUCCGUGUGGCCAAGAGCUCCAUUGGAACCCCCGUGGUCAGCAUCUCUACCUGCUUCCCACUCCUAGGCCACUCCAGCAAUUUUGAUGACAGUAACAGCACCUCCCAUGCGCUGCUGGCCUUGGUGCAGAAACACAUCAAAGCCGUCUUGAGUAAUAAGCUGUGUCUGAGCAUUGCCAGCCUGGUGCAGGGCAUCAACGUUCACCUGGGCACAUUAAUUGGCCUCAACCCUGUGGGUCCUGAGUCCCAGAUUCGCUACACCAUGAUCAAUGAGCCCACCAUCACUAGUGACUACAUUUCCUUUGAUAUCCAUGCUAUUCUCUUCCUGCUGGGCAAGCCCAUCAUCCUGCCCAAGGAUGUCACCCCCUUUGUGCUACCCCAUCAUGUGGGCACCAAGGGCACCAUGGCCACUGUGGGCCUCUCCCAGAACCUGUUUGACUCUGCCCUCCUGCUGCUGCAGAAGGCCGGUGCCCUCAACCUGGACAUCACAGGGGAGCUGAGGUCAGAUGACAACCCACUGAACACCUCUGCACUGGGCCGGCUCAUUCCUGAGGUGGCCCGCCAGUUUCCCGAGCCCAUGCCGGUGGUGCUCAAGGUGAGGCUAGGUGCCACGCCCAUGGCCUUCCUCCAUCCCAAGAAUGCUACACUGCAGCUGCAGCCCUUUGUGGAGGUCCUGGCGGUGGUUUCCAACUCCGCUUUCCAUUCCCUCUUCUCCCUGGAUGUGGUAGUGAACAUGAGCCUCCAGUUCUCUAUGUCCAAGGUGAAGCUUCAGGGCUCCACGUCUGUGCUGGGGGAUAUCCAGCUCACAGUGACCUCCUCCAAUGUAGGCUUGGUUGAUGAGGAUCAAGUGCACACGCUCAUGGGCACAGUAUUUGAGAAGCCCCUGCUGGACCACCUCAAUGCUCUUUUGGGCAUAGGAAUUGCCCUCCCCAACGUGAUCAACCUCCUCUACGUCACCCCUGAAAUCUUUGUCUAUGAGGGCUACGUUGUGAUAUCUGGUGGACUCUUCUACCAGCGCUGA